AAAAAAAAAAACAACAACAACAACAACUUUAUUGUUGUUAAUAAAUAACUAGCUAGGAAGUUACUACAUAUUUCUUAUACAUAUAGAGCAUUUAUAACUUCAAACAGCUUCGAAGAUCUUAAACUCCUCUCUCUUUAACCUGUUUGUCUGAGAAGAAAAAUGAAGACUGGUUUCACUUUUGGAAGAUCAAUAUGUUCCUUCCUUGUUUCCACCAUUGUGGUCUUUUCAUAUCUUGUUUUAGCAAACUCUGGACAUCUUGGCAAAGAUACCAUCAGAGUCAGAGACAGAAAGCAGAAGGUAAACUGUAAUAUGUACCAAGGGAGUUGGAUUUUCGACAAUUCGUAUCCUCUUUACGACUCUUCGUCUUGCCCCUUCAUUCGGAAAGAGUUUAACUGUCUAAAGUAUGGUCGGCCUGAUAAGUCAUAUCUCAAAUAUAGAUGGCAACCCAUGAACUGUAACUUGCCAAGAUUUGACGCUAAGGAUUUCUUAAGGAGAUAUAAGGGGAAGAAAAUCAUGUUUAUUGGUGAUUCUGUUAGUCUCAACCAAUAUGAAUCCUUUAUAUGCUUGCUUCAUGCAGCUGUGCCUCAUUCCACCAUCACAGUGCAAUUAAAUGACUCAUAUUCUUCUAUGAUAUUCAACGACUAUGGAGUUUCAUUGAUGCUAUUCAGCUCUCAUUAUCUGGUGGACAUCAAAAAUGAAAAGAUUGGUCGUGUUCUGAAACUUGAUUCCCUUAAAAACGGCGAUCUAUGGAAGGAAAUGGACGUUUUGGUAUUCAACACCUGGCUUUGGUGGUAUCGCAGAGGGCCUAAGCAGCCAUGGGAUUAUGUUCAAGAUGGUAACCAAACUCUCAAAGACAUUGAUCGUAUGGUUGCUUUUCGCAAGGGUUUGACAACAUGGGCCAAGUGGGUUGAUGCUACCGUGAAUCCAAGUAAAACCAAAGUCAUUUUCCAAGGAAUUUCUCCCUCACAUUACAAUGGCAUGGAGUGGAAUGAAACAGGAGUGACAAACUGUGGAAAAGAGACAAAACCCUUAAGUGGAUCACUCUAUUACGCAGGAUUACCAAAGGCCUCAUAUGUGUUGAAAGAUGUGUUGAGUGGAAUGAGAAAACCAGUUCAUUUGCUAGACAUAACAACUCUAUCACAGCUCAGAAAAGAUGCACAUCCCAGCAGUUUUAAUGGUUUCAAGGGCAUGGACUGUACCCAUUGGUGUGUUGCUGGUCUUCCAGACAUUUGGAAUCAGCUUCUAUAUGCAUUUCUAAUUUCCUAAAGGACUAGGAAUACUUUGAAAAUAUAAUAACAAAUAAUACUAAGACUGUAGUAAAUUCAAGCCAAGCAACUGGUUUCUAAUCUUCCUGGACCAAAAUACAGAACACAUUGAUUUUGGGUUCAAACUUGCAAAUUCUCCAAGUUAUAGUGCAAAACAUAUGGUUGUAAUUUGGAGCUGAAUGAUUAGAUUUAUAUCAGAAUCGUCAAACUCUUUAGAUGAGGACUUUGAUUUUUAAAGGGAAGAAUAUAAUUGCUUUUUCCCAAA